AUGAGAUAUCAUCAGGGAUCAACAAAUCAACAUCGCAGUCACGACGACGACGACCAUACAUCCUCUUCCUUGUGGAUACCGCCAUCCAUGUACCGAUUAUGUCUCGUUGCCUUUGCUGUGGCUAUGUUUGACAGGGUUCCCUUGGCAAACUCGUUUUUGCAAGCACAACCCAUCACUCAUCAUCAUCAUCAUUAUCAUUGUCAGUAUCAUCAGAUGAACACGUUCUUCUUACUACAAGCGGCCGGUGGUACGGACGACUACACUACCAAGGCAUAUGAUCCAGAAGAAGAAGUCAAGCGACGAUUAGCACGGGCCAAGGCGGUACUAGAGAAAUCCAAACAAAAGUUGGAACAGAAUCAACAAACUGCUGCUGCUGCUGCUGCUGCUGCUGCUGCCACUGAGGAAUCAUCAUCCACUACUACUACCAGUAGUAGUAAUCUCCCCUUUUUUGCUGCCAAAAAGGCCACUGCCAAUACGGAUCCCCAACGGCGGCGAGAACGGGUCAUCAAGGCACGAGACGAAAGCACGGGUCUUAUCACGGCCGAUGGAGAAAAAAUGGCUGCCAUGUCCGAACAGGAAGAAUGGGAAAUAAGGCCCUUGUCCGAAGUAUUUGACAAUGAAAUGGAGGAAAAUGCCGAUGUAUACUCUCUGGCGUCGCAACAACUCGCCGAUCGAGAUGUCGUGGCCAGUAUUUGGAAUCUGCGAAAAGUCAUGAAAACCGAAGAUUACAUGAGGAUUUUUGACAAGAAGAAUUGGUUCAUUGGUGAAGACAAUUAA